UUAACAAGGCAAAUCCAAAACAACUUCAUGAAUUUGGAGGGAACGGGCCAUGAAUAUUAUUACUUGACGCAGCCACUAAAACAAUCCUGGCGGGAAAAUGUCCGUGCAGUCCUUUCACUCUCGUAUGAAACCCUAAGUACACCUUUUUAUCUCCCAAACGCUUCCUAUUUACUCCCUCUCUCUCAUUUCAAAAAUUCUAUCUUCCUCGAUUCAAUUAGAUCUCAGACUCUUAACCACUCUCCAAAUGACCUGGAAAACGGUUUAAUCAAUUAUUUCUGGUACGGAGCUUAAAGUUUCGAUUUUGUGGGCUUUCUGGUGUUAAUAGUUAAUUUAUUGUUUCUGUUAAAAAAUGGAUGGAGCUUUUGAGGACGAUAAUGAGCAGACCAUAACCAUCAAUGAGUAUCUUAACAAGGUCGAAGCUGAGGAGUUGGAAGCCGAUUUGGUUUUGGGUGGAGAUGAGGGCAAGGAGUGCACCUAUACUAUGGGCUAUAUGAAGAGGCAAGCAAUUUUCUCAUGCCUGACUUGCACUCCCGAUGGAAGUGCUGGAGUUUGCACUGCUUGCAGCUUGUCUUGUCAUGAUGGCCAUGAGAUUGUGGAGUUAUGGACCAAGAGAAAUUUUCGUUGUGACUGUGGAAAUUCAAAAUUUGGGGAGUUCUUCUGCAAGCUCUUUCCAAAGAAGGAUGUAGAAAAUGCAGAGAAUUCAUAUAAUCAUAACUUUAAAGGCUUAUACUGCACUUGUGGGCGGCCUUAUCCUGAUCCAGAUGUUGAAGAACAGGAAGAGAUGAUACAGUGCAUUAUGUGUGAGGACUGGUUUCAUGAGGAACAUCUUGGUCUUGAGUCUUCCAAUGAGAUCCCAAGAGAUGAGGAAGGAGAGCCUCUGUACGAGGAUUUCAUAUGCAAGACAUGCUCAGCAAUUUGUUCUUUUCUGAUACUAUAUCCUCAGACUAUAUGGGCAGCGGGGGGGAAGAGAGGUGAUGCUACUGUAAGUAAUAGUAAGGAUAAAAAUGUGUUAGAAGACACAUCUUCAGCUUGUGGAUCUAGAAAUCUUAAGAAUGAUGCUUGUUCUCCUUGUUCUUCUGGAGAUAAUAAUGCAAUGGCUAAUGCUAAUGGUGAUUCUGUGCCUGUUGCGGAGGCAUCUGUUAUUGGAGAGAGCUCUGAGAAGAAUAUCAGUUCAAAUCAAAGCACAAAGGAUGCUAACCUUCAGAGUACUUGUGUUCUGGGAGUUGAUACUGUUAAUCUGCCUGUUUUAGAAAGUAAACCACUGUUUCUUUCCAAAAAUUGGAGGGAUGUCCUUUGCAGAUGUGAAAAAUGCUUAGAUAUGUACAAUCAGAAGCACAUUAGUUAUCUGCUUGACAAUGAGGACUCAAUUGCUGAGUAUGAGAAAAUGGCAAAGCAGAAGAGGGAAGAAAAAUUGCAGAAGCAGGAGGGUGCUGAGCUGAGCUUUUUCAAUAAACUGGGUCAUGUAGAGAAGAUGGAGAUAUUGAGUGGCAUCGCGGACUUUAAGGAGGAGUUUCGUACUUUUCUGGAUUCAUUUGACACAUCAAAGACAAUCACAUCUUCUGAUGUUCACCAGAUAUUUGAAAAUCUUGCAAAGAAGCGCCGGCGUGUGGAGUGAGUUGUUUAUUAGUUUCUCAUGUUUGAUAUGUGAUAUCUACUUUAUUUGGUCUUGGAGCUGAAAUCUGAAUCUAAAUCUAGAUCAUUUAGAAAACAUGCAAAGGCUGUCUGUUUCUAAGUCAGAACGUUCUAGUAGUAUGAACCAUCUUGCCUUGUAGAAUUCUGUGUUUGUUCAUCUUAAAUUUAAAUUAAAACUUUCGUGUUUAUGCA